AUGGAGGUCUAUGACAUUUGUGACAAGCUAUGGAGCAAAUGCUUCUUCCUAAGCUUUCUCAUUCUACUUACUCGUGUACCGUCAUCAGGAAAUGCAGAAACUCAUUACCAUGAGUUUGUUGUGAGUCUACUUCAUCAUCUUCUGGUUUUUUUAGCAUCAGUAAAUAAUCAUCUAUUGAAACAGGUUCAAGCAACUCCGGUGAAGAGGCUGUGCAGAACCCAAAACAUAAUCACAGUCAAUGGGCAAUUCCCAGGGCCAACUUUAGAAGUCAGAAAUGGAGACAAUCUUGUUAUCAAAGUCCAGAACCACGCUGUUUACAAUGUCACAAUCCAUUGGCAUGGAAUUCGUCAGAUUGGAACGCAAUGGGCAGAUGGGCCUGAAUAUGUGACCCAGUGUCCAAUCCAACCAGGAGGGACCUAUACAUACCGUUUCACAAUCAAAAACCAGGAGGGAACACUGUGGUGGCACGCUCAUAGCAAGUGGCUUAGAGCUACUGUCUAUGGAGCACUCAUUAUCUAUCCAAAGCUGGGGUCUCCAUAUCCCUUCCAAGAGCCCAAGUUUGAAAUACCUAUUCUUCUUGGACAAUGGUGGAACAGGGACAUCAUCGGUGUCCUAAGACAAGCAACCUUUACUGGUGCAGCUCCAAAUGUUUCGGAUGCAUACACCAUUAAUGGUCAACCUGGCGAUCUAUACAGAUGCUCUAGGACAGAUACCAUGAAAUUCUACAUGGAGUCCGGCGAUACAAUUGUCCUCAGAAUCAUCAAUGCUGCUCUCCAUCAACAGCUCUUUUUCACUGUUGCCAACCACAGGUUAACAGUUGUUGGUGUUGAUGCUGCCUACACAAAGCCUUUCCCUACAAGAACCCUAAUGCUGGGACCUGGUCAGACAACCACUGUCCUCCUAACAGCUGAUCAGCCCCCAGCACGCUUCUACAUGGCAGCUCGUGCCUACGCCACUGCUCAGAAUGCACCAUUUGACAAUACCACCACCACUGCAAUCCUUGAAUAUAAAUCCAUUCCUUGCAAUGCCCAAAACAGCAUGCCCUUAAAGCCAAUCUUACCACAGCUACCAGCUUACAAUGACACAGCCACUGUAACUGCAUUCACUACUCAAAUAAGGAGUCCUUCCAGUAUCAACGGCCCCACUGAAGUUGAUGAGAACCUAUUUUUCACAGUGGGUUUAGGCAUUGUCAAUUGCAUUCCAGGUCCCCAAUGUCAAGGACCAAAUGGUACCCGUUUUGCUGCAAGCAUGAACAAUAUAUCUUUUGUACUCCCAAGAACGACCUCCUUACUCCAAGCCUACUAUCAAGACAUACCUGGCAUCCUCACGACAGACUUCCCUCCAGUUCCACCAGUGAAAUUCGAUUACACAGGUAAUGUGAGUCGUGCACUUUGGCAACCAGUUUUUGGAACUAAGCUCUACAAGCUGAAGUUUGGUUCCAAGGUACAAAUUGUGUUACAAGAUACUGGAAUCAUCUCGACAGAGGAUCAUCCUAUUCAUCUACAUGGAUACCAUUUCUAUGUCGUCGGACAGGGUUUUGGAAACUUCGACUCAAGAAAAGAUACAGCUAAAUUAAACCUCAUUGAUCCACCACAGAGGAAUACUAUCAAUGUGCCAGUGGGUGGCUGGUCAGUCAUUCGGUUUGUUGCUGAUAAUCCAGGAGUUUGGCUGAUGCACUGUCACAUAGAUUCCCAUCUCACUUGGGGUUUGGCCAUGAAUUUCUUAGUUGAGAAUGGAGUUGGAGAGUUGCAAUCCAUACAGGCUCCUCCAGCAGAUCUGCCUUCAUGUUAG